CUCAGUGUUAAUGUUGGCGGGGAGAAAAUGCAAUAGAAAUGAAUAGUGACAAUCACGACGGCAGCCCCCACAAUCACCAUUCGCAACCUCAGCAGCAGCGCCGCCCACGAGGCUUCGCUGCGGCAGCGAUGGGCAUCUCCACCAUUACCACAACGAUCAACACCAGUCCUAGGGGCGGUAGAAAUGAGAGAGAGAAAGAGAAAGAACGAACCAAGCUUCGAGAACGCCACCGCCGUGCCAUCACUAGUCGUAUGCUAGCCGGUCUCCGACAAUACGGCAACUUCCCUCUACCGGCACGCGCAGACAUGAACGAUGUACUCGCCGCCCUUGCCCGCGAAGCUGGGUGGACCGUUGAGGCUGAUGGCACUACAUUUCGCCAAUCCACACCGUCUUCUAAAUUGGGUGUGUAUCCAGGAAGGUCAGUAGAAAGUCCAGUAUCCAGUAGUUCUUUGAAAAGUUAUACAGUGAAAGCAUCACUCGAUUUUCCGUCAUCAGUUCUCAGAAUCGAUGAGAGCCCAUCACCUGCUUCUCUUGAUUCUGUUGUGGUCCCAGGAAUAGGUACCACAGAAUGUGAAAAAUACAGUGCCAGCCCCCCUAUCAAUUCACACGAUUGUUUGGAGACUGAUCAGCUUAUUCAAGAAGGCCAAAUCGUGGAGCAAGGAUUAAACUUUUUAGGCACUGCAUAUGUUCCUGUUUAUGUGAUGCUUGGAACUGGGUUGAUUAACAAAUUCUGCCAGUUGAUUGAUCGGGAUGCUGUUAGAAAGGAGCUAAGGCUUCUAAAAUCAUUGCAUGUGGAUGGUGUAUUUGUGGAAUGUUGGUGGGGUAUUGUUGAAGCCCAGGGCCCACAAAAAUACUGUUGGUCUGGAUACCGUGAACUAUUCAACAUCAUCCAUGAAUUUGAGCUCAAGUUACAGGUAGGGUUAGCAUUUCAUGAGUAUGGAGGGAAUGAUUCUAUUUCUAUACCCCUCCCUCAAUGGGUUGUUGAAAUUGGGAAAGACAACAAAGAUAUUUUCUUUACAGAUCGUGAAGGAAGAAGAAACACUGAAUGUCUAUCAUGGGGUAUUGAUAAAGAAAGAGUGUUGAAAGGAAGAACUGCUGCUGAGGUGUAUUUUGAUGUGAUGAGAAGCUUCAGAACAGAGUUUGAUGACAUGUUUGUUGAAGGUCUUAUUACUGGUGUUGAAAUAGGAAUUGGUGCCAAUGGAGAGCUUAAAUAUCCUUCUUUUUCAGAAAAAAUGGGAUGGAGGUAUCCUGGUAUUGGUGAGUUCCAGUGUUACGAUAAAUACAUGCAACAAAAUUUAGUCAAAUCUUCAAGUCUUCGUGGUCAAACAUUUUGGGGUAGAGGACCUGAAAAUUGUGGUGACUACAAUUCGAGUCCACAAGAAACUGGUUUCUUUUGUGAACAUGGUGAUUAUGGAAGCCAUUAUGGGAGAUUCUUCCUUCAAUGGUAUUCCCAGUUAUUAAUAGAUCAUGCCAAUACAAUCCUCUCUCUUGCAACCCUAGCAUUUGAAGAAAUACAGAUACUUGUUAAGAUUCCAGCUGUUUAUUGGUGGUAUAGAUGUAAAAGCCAUGCAGCUGAGUUGACAGCUGGAUAUUAUAACCCUGAUAACCAUGAUGGAUACUCCAGACUUUUUAAGGUUCUUAAGAAACACUCGGUUGCAGUGAAGUUUGUGUGUCCAGGAUCGAAUCUUUCUAGUAAAGAAAAUCAUGAUCCAGAAGGGUUGACUUGGCAGGUAUUGAAUUCAGCUUGGGAGGAAGGUUUAUGUGUAGCUGGUGAAAAUGCGUUUCCAUGUUUUGAUAGGGAAGUGUUGAUGAGAUUACUUGAGACUGCAAAACCGAAACUUGACCAGUUCGUUAGAUGCAUGCAUGGAGAAAAUGUGGGAACAGAAAUGUGAAAUGUGAAGAAGACAAUUCUUGAUAACCUGAUCUGAUGAUUUGCUAAAAGUAACUUUAUCGCCACCAAAUUAACCAACCCAUAAUGGAUAUAUAUUCCAAAACGCCAAUAACUUUUUACUACAAAGAAAUAUUUUAAAUAUAUUGUUUUGUAAAUUUAUUUUUUUGAUUGAAAGAAAUUGUGUUUGAAGAUGAUCACAAGAUUGAAAAGUAUUUUCAUUUGAUUUUUAUGAAAUAUGUAACCA